AUGAGGGCACAUGAACUAUCUUCGUACCUCGUGUUCCUUGCUCUAAUCAUCUCAAAUUCUAGCGCUAGACUAAGUGGAAACGAAAGAGAUCAACAAGCAUUAUUGGCCUUCAGAGCAAAGAUCUUUAAUGAUCCCCUCGGAGUUUUUAGCUCAUGGAAUAUGUCUCUCCACUUCUGCAGUUGGGUAGGGAUUACAUGCAGUAAACAGCACAAAAGAGUCACCAGCAUAAACCUCUCAUCUAAAGCUCUGGUAGGUUCUUUGUCUCCUGAUGUAGGAAACAUGAGUUUUCUGAGUGAAAUCAUUCUCUACGACAACCAUCUUCAAGGCGCAAUUCCUCAAGAAGUAGACCGGCUUUUCAGGCUAAAAGUUCUAAACUUAGGACAAAAUGCUUUUGAAGGAAGCAUACCAAAUACCUUGGGACGACUUAAUAGGUUGGUCAUUCUCAAACUUUUUUCCAAUAAACUCUCCGGUGUGAUCCCAACUUCUGUUUUCAAUCUUUCGUCACUGAAUGUCUUCAAUUUGGCCAAUAAUCAACUUCAAGGAAGUAUACCUUCAGGCUUUGGGUCGACUCUUCCCAAUCUGCAAAAGAUUCAGUUAUCAGAUAACAAAUUCAGUGGAAGCAUUCCCAUGUCACUUUAUAAUGCUUCUAAACUUCAAACUAUUGAUUUGCAGUUCAACAAUUUUAGUGGCCCCAUAUCUGUAGAUUGUAGAAGCUUAAAGAUAUUGGAACUGGGGGCCAACAAUUUACAAGGAUCACUAUCCCGUUCUAUUGCUAAUCUAUCAGUUGAGCUAACAAUGAUAAGCUUAGCAGAUAAUCAGAUCUCAGGAAGCAUCCCUCCCGAUAUAUCAAAAUUUAUCAACUUGAUCUUUUUAUCUUUAGAAGGAAACAACUUCACCGGCAUUAUUCCCCCUGAAAUCACCGAACUUGGAAAGUUGCAACGUGUUCUUCUUUCUAACAAUAGAUUUUCAGGGAACAUUCCAGCCUCCAUUGGGAACCUAUCUAUGUUGGAUGAGAUACAUUUACAAAAUAAUGAUUUGAACGGAAUGAUUCCUCCUAGUUUUGGAAAUUGUCCAAUGUUGGUCCUCUUGGAUUUGUCUCAAAAUAACCUCAGCGGGACUAUCCCUAACGAACUUUUUCAGGUUACUCCUUUUUCUGUCAAAUUAAAUAUUUCUCGAAACCAUUUGGUUGGAUCACUACCGGCAGGUAUUGGUGCUUUGAAAACCUUAGUUGAAUUGGAUAUCUCUGAAAAUGAGUUUGCUGGUUUCAUUCCAGCAGAGCUUGGCGACUGUGUCACCCUUGAUUCACUAUACAUGCAAGGCAACUUCUUACAGGGCAAUAUCUCCCAAUCAAUGAAAAAGUUGAGAGGUCUGCGGAAUGUUGAUCUUUCUCGCAAUAAUUUAUCUGGGAAAAUCCCAGAUUUUUUUGAAAACCUAUCCUUGAAAUAUCUAAAUCUAAGCUGGAAUCAUUUUAAAGGAGAGUUACAUACAAAAGGAGUAUUUGCAAAUGCAAGUGCAUUUUCAAUAGUAGGCAACAAAGGGCUCUGUGGAGGCAUACCUGAACUGCGGCUACGAAGAUGCAGUACACACAAAAUGUCUUGGGUACAAAUUUUAAUCAUGAUAGGUUCUAUACAAGUUCUUCUCGUUGUCGGUUGCCUUUUGUGGCUUAGAAGGAAAAAAACUGAAACACGUGCAGUAUCAAUUGGACCUGCAUCAGUAUUUCUGAUCAGAUUGUCAUAUGAGCUUCUCCACCAAGCAACUGACGGGUUCUCACGGGCCAACUUGGUCAGCGAGGGUGGUUUUGGGUCGGUGUACAAAGGAGAACUGGGUGCACAGUACAGUGAAAACGCUGUUGCCAUUAAAGUAUUCAAUGAAGGAGCAGCCAACAAUUUCAACACGGAGUGUGGAGCCCUACAAAAUAUACGCCACAGAAACAUUGUUAAGAUCAGGAGUACAUGCAAAAGCAUCGAAAGAAGCGGCAAAGAGUUUACAGCUAUCAUUUACGACUUUAUGGAGAAUGGAAGCUUAGAUAGGUGGCAAUAUUUAACAUGUCGAACAUCUCAUCAUGAGCUUAGCAUGCCUCAGAUUCUGAACCUAAAGAACAGAAUAAACAUAGCGAUUGAUGUGGCUAGUGCGCUUGAUUAUCUUCAUAAUCAAUUGAUUGAUCCCUUAAUACAUUGUAACCUAAGACAAAGCAAUAUUUUGCUAGAUGCAGAAAUGAGUGCAUAUGUAUCAAACUUUGGACUGGCAAAGUUUCUUGCAGAUCAAUGGCAUUCUGAUGGAUUCACAGGACCCUCUGAAUAUGCACCUCCAGUUUUCUCUUGGCCAAAUCAGUUGAGAUCUGGUCAGAUUCACCCCCAAGUUGGGAUAGAAUCAGAGAAUUUGCCUUGGGAUAGAAACUAA